UCGUUUUAACCCUGGAUCACCCUAAUUGUUGAUUUUUUCACUCGAAUUAGCGUUUUUUCUGGGAAUUCUUAGCUGAUUUUUUUUCUUUAACUAAAUUCUGUGCUGGGUGUAGCUUUUUUUUUUGCUUGCUUAUCUGACUUUUUUCCUUCCAAGCCUGAGCUAGAAAUCAACGCGUUUUUGUUGUAAUUACCAUUAAACCCCUCAACUUUUCUUUUGGGAGUAAAAUGUAAGAGGGGACUUUUUUUUUUUUAAAGAGUUUGGUCCUUUUUUUCUUGCCAACAAAUUCACUUCUCUUUCAGUUAAUUUGUUCCGUAUUUUUUAUGAUGUUCUGCAUAUAAUAUUCAUUUUUAUCUGUUACUUUAUCCCAAAAAAAUUUGGUCCAAAUAUACGUGCCCUUACAAAAUGAACAAAACAUUAAUAGUUUUCCCCUAUUCUGUCCUUACUGCUCCAUGGUAGUAUAUAAUCAUCAUUAAUUACUGAGUCAUUUAGCUAAAUUUGAAGGCAUUAAAAUUGACGAUAAUUUUCCUUUAAAUAAUAUACUCUUUCCAUUCCUUUCUAAGUCCUCCUUCUGGUUUGUGAUUUUGUUCCUAUGUAAGUGUAUGUUUGAUCAUAAUCUUCCUAAUAUGCACUUGAAUUUUAAUAUAGUAAUCAAUAUCAAUUUGAAAAGAGAUAAAAUAUAAUUAGGAGUAAGUUGGUAAAGUUAUCUUCAAUUUUUCUUCUUUUUAGGAGUGAGUAGUUUAUUAAAGGGUGUGCCCAAGGCAAAAGGAACACUUAUUUAGGAAUGGAGGGAGUAUUGACUAAAGAGGGACUUUUUCUCGGGUUGUGACUAGUUAAAGUUUGACUUCCAAAUCCUCAUGCAGAAGAACCUAUAGUUUUCUUGACGGGAAAAUGUUGGAAGCUCCAAAGUUUGCGGGACUUAUAGACUUAAAUGAGAACCAUGAUCAUUAUGGACUGUCACAAAAUUUUUAUCGUAAGCUUGGUGAGGGAUCAAACAUGUCAAUUGACAGCUAUGGGAGCUUGCAGAUGAGCAAUGGUGGAGGUUCAGUUGCAAUGUCGAUGGAUAACAGUAGUGUUGGAUCAAAUGAUUCACACACUCGUAUUUUAAACCACCAGGGUCUCAAGCGUGUCCACAAUAAUUAUUCUGUUGCAGCUAGUGUAAAUAAGGGAAAAGCUUCUCAUGGCUUGAGUGAUGAUGCUCUAGCUAAAGCUUUGAUGGAUCCUCGAUUUCCUACCAAUGGGCUUGAGAAUUAUGAUGAGUGGACAAUUGAUUUGAGAAAGCUCAACAUGGGGCCAGCUUUUGCUCAAGGGGCCUUUGGGAAACUCUACAAGGGAACUUACAAUGGAGAGGAUGUUGCUAUCAAGCUUCUAGAGAGGCCAGAGAAUGAUCCUGAGAGGGCUCACUUGAUGGAGCAACAGUUUCAGCAGGAAGUCAUGAUGUUGUCAAGGUUGAGACAUCCAAAUAUUGUUCGGUUUAUCGGUGCAUGCCGUAAACCCAUGGUGUGGUGUAUUGUCACUGAAUAUGCUAAAGGAGGAUCAGUUCGUCAGUUUCUCACUAAGCGACAAAAUCGAGCCGUGCCCUUGAAGUUAGCAGUGAAGCAGGCUUUGGAUGUAGCAAGGGGUAUGGAAUAUGUGCAUGGCCUGAAUCUGAUACAUCGUGACCUAAAAUCUGACAAUCUGCUAAUUGCUGCUGAUAAAUCAAUCAAGAUUGCAGACUUUGGGGUUGCUCGUAUUGAGGUGCAGACAGAAGGAAUGACGCCAGAGACUGGAACAUACCGCUGGAUGGCUCCGCUUAAUGUGGCAGUUAGGAUGUAGAAAUCGAGUUAGAUGGGAAAUCCUGGAUGUAAAGAGAUUGAAAGAUGGAGCUAUAUCCUUUUCUAUCGGUCGGAGAUUCAUUACAUAAUUAAUUUUUAAGAAGAGUAUGUACUAUGUAUGGAUACAUUAUACAAGUCUAAGAUACUAUUGUGUGACAAGUUUCCAUGGUCUGGCCUUCAAAACAAUAUUAGAGAUGAACUUGUCUUGGGAGAUGAAAUUACAUUUUCAAAAAGCCGAGGGGAUUGGAGAUUAAGCGUGCAUUUGUUAGAGAAAUAUGGCAAAUGAAGUUUUUCAUUUCCAAGUGGACAAUCUUUGUCCGACAGUUUGUCGAAGAAGAUGGUGAUUGUCGAUACCUAUAAGACACUUGUCAAAAUGCUUAUGAUUAAGCUUGCACGUGUCAAAGAAAUAUGGCAGAUGGAUUUUUCACUUCCAAUUGGAUAAUCUUUUCCGACAUUUAGUUGAAGAAGAUGGUGUUUGUGGGUGGCUAUAAGACACUGUCAAAGUGCUUGUGAUAGGAAUUGACGUAUAUAGUGGCUCUGGGGAUGUUCAAGUGUGUUGUUGCAGUUGAGAUGGACCGCUUUCUUGUGAUGGCACAAGAUUUUUCAAUGCAGUUAUUCCCAGUGCGAGGAAUGAGUAGUGUGUAGAUGAGUAGCAUGCAUGGCUUAAGGAAAAUAAAUGCGAACUUGCCUAGCACACCAUAGUUGAUGCAAUAAAGGUCGUCCAAGUUGCCAUCUUCAUGUCGAAUAAGGCCGUAGCUUGGCAUGUCUAGCAACUCUUUUAAACUACAUCCAAUUAUACUAUAUUCAAAAAUUCGCUUUCAGGUUAUUUGGAAUAGGAAAUGACCUGUCACAUAUCCCUAGAAAAACUAUCUUUCACAUCUUAGCAAUAUUUGGAAUUGCAUGUUUUUGUUUCUUCGUGCAAUAUGCCUUCAUUAUUCUUGUUGCAAAAGAGAGAGACAAUAUUCUAAUUGUUGUUUAGCAUGUGUGCGCUGUUGUGAGGGGGUUAAUUGAGUGCAUUUUACUCUGUUUUGCAGGGAGAUGAUCCAGCACCGACCGUACACACAAAAAGUUGAUGUUUAUAGUUUUGGCAUUGUUCUGUGGGAGCUCUUAACAGGGAUGCUUCCCUUCCAGAACAUGACUGCUGUGCAGGCAGCUUUUGCAGUGGUCAACAAAAAUGUCCGUCCAAUUAUCCCCAAUGAUUGUUUGCCUGUCCUAGGUGAAAUCAUGACUUGCUGCUGGGAUGCUAACCCUGACAAUCGGCCACCCUUCUCUCAGGUGGUCAGAAUGCUUGAGGCUGCAGAAACAGAGAUCUUGACAACGGUCAGAAAGGCCCGUUUCAGGUGCUGCAUCAGUCAACCCAUGACUACAGAUUGAUUUGGAAAGAGGAAACUGUAUGUAGGCAGUAAGGGCAAUAGUAAGGAUUUGGGAAAGGCUGAACAAAACUGAUUCUAGAGUCUGCCAUGUGUACCUAUGACGCAUAAUUUCUUUAUUCAGAUAGAAAAAAUGGGAGAAAAUUAUGAUAAGAACUGUUUGAUUUUGUAUUGUAUCUUCUUUUGUUUUCCUUUUCUCCUUGAAUUUAAGAUUCUGAAAAGUGAUGAUAGAAGAGUGUGUAUUUAUACAUGUCCAUUUAUGGCCUA